AUGGGGGAUCGAUGCCGGCAGUGGACGGGAAUAGACGCCCGCGCGGGUGACGGAUAUGAUAGUCCGGGAAAUCGGAAGUAUUUCGGUAGUGUCAAAGCGUUCCUGCACAACGUCCGCGAGGAUAGGACCGAGGUCGUUAGCGAUAACAAGGAGAACGAGGACGAUAUAGACGAUAAGCAGUGGGUGCGCUAUAUUACCGAUUUACAAGCCGCGUAUACUACCUAUAUCGCCGAGAUGGCAUACGGACGUAUAAUGACCUAG